AGCUAAAGUAAAAUAAUGGCUGUCAUUGGACAAAUAAAAAAAUCCAGUGUUAUAUCAUCCCUAUCUAUUUCUAUGGACACCAUUACUAACAUAGCUUUUGCUACCAACAGAAUCAUCGCUCCGUGGAUCACGACGACGACGGCCACACCUCGAUUUCUCUAUCCUCACACCUCCAAACGCCCAAUUCCGAUUCUCUCUCUCUUCUUCAGAAACCCUAAUUUCAACACAAGCCGUUCAUCAAUGGCCACUUCUCUGCAAGUCAACGCCUCCUCUACCGUAGAUGCAACAAAUGAUGAAUUGGAGGCCUCGUCCUCUGGCAUGGUUGGAGCGAAUGAUUUGAUGAUUGUUGGACCGGGCGUGCUCGGUCGUUUGGUUGCUGAAAAAUGGCGGGAGGAACAUCCAGGGUGUCAGAUUUUGGGGCAGACAUUUACUACGGAUCACCAUGAUGAAUUGAUUAAAGUAGGGAUCAAUCCAUCUUUGAAAGGAACACAAGUGAAUCACAAGUUCCCAUAUGUGAUUUUUUGUGCUCCUCCAUCCCGAACGUCAGACUACCCUGGUGAGGUGAGCAGGGAAGCUGCAUUAAACUGGAGUGGUGAAGGUUCUUUCCUAUUUACUUCAAGCUCUGCACUAUAUGAUUGCAACGACAAUGGAUCAUGUGAUGAGGACAGUCCAGUGGUGCCAAUUGGGAGGAGCCCUAGGACAGACGUCCUUUUAAAAGCAGAAAAAGUAGUGCUGGAGUCUGGCGGUUGUGUGGUUAGAUUGGCAGGACUGUACAAAGAAGAUAGAGGCGCUCAUACUUAUUGGUUGGGAAAAGGGAUUGUUGAAGCUCGUCCAGAUCACAUCCUCAAUCUUAUACACUAUGAGGAUGCUGCAUCCCUCUCAGUUGCAAUCUUGAAGAAGAAACUCAAGGGUCGGAUCUUCAUGGGAUGUGACAAUCAUCCUUUAUCUAGGCAAGAAGUGAUGGACUUGGUUGAAAAGAGUGGGAAGUUCAGCAAAAAGUUCGAAGCUUUUAUGGGAACUAAUGAUCCUUUGGGUAAGAAAUUAAACAACUCGAAAACUCGAAAGGAAAUAGAUUGGGAGCCAAAAUAUCCAAGCUUCUCUCAGUUCCUUGGAGUUUCUGAAUAACUGCUGCCUCUGUGUCUUCAUCUUUUGGGAUUUAAUUGGAACUGCAAGGAAAAGAUUUCCAGAGCGUAUGAUGAAGCGGCUAAUGUCCUACUUCCGUUGUUUGGUUGUGAUUUUUGCUGUAGGACAAGAGUCUUAAGCAUGUACACAAGGAUGAUUUACGAAUACUUUAUAUAAUUACAAAAAUAAAGUUCAAAUUGAAUUCAA